AUGGUUACUUCUCACGCGGGAUUCCCCCGAUCGCUGGUUUCGCUUCUGGCUUCUAUUUCUUUGUUGGCUGGAAGUGUCAACGGUUACCCGUUUAUUGCCUCUUCAAGUGACCUGUUGGAAAGAGACCACAAGCCAUUCGAACUGAAGUUAUGGCCAGUGGGCGCCUCUAUCACCUGGGGCCAGCACUCUCAGUCUCGUAAUGGUUAUCGCAAGCCUCUUCGCGAUGAACUUGUAUCCGAUGGCUGGGAUGUGGAUAUGGUGGGCUCCCAGCACCAUGGAAACAUGACUGAUGAUAAUGUCGAGGGCUACCCCGGGGCUACCAUCGCUACGGUCCAAACAAAAGCCAUGAAUGCACUCCCAACUCUCCCAAACAAGCCCAACCUAGUCCUCAUCAACGCCGGAACCAAUGACUGCAGAAAAGACCUCAACAUUACCGGCGCUGGCGAUCGCAUGGAGAAAAUGAUUGACGCCAUCUUGAAAGAAAAGGACAUGGAAACGGCAACGAUCAUCUUAUCAACCCUCAUCCCAUCAGACCAGAAAGAAGUCAAAGCCCACCGAGACGCCGUCAACGAACAGUAUCGCAAGCUAGUGACUGCAAUGAGCAAGAAAGGUACCUCAAUUCGCUUGGCAGAAAUGGAAAAUGCGCUCUCGUGGCCGCAGGAUUACACUGUCGAUGGCAAAGCGGAUGAUACUCAUCCUAGCGAUGCUGGAUAUGCGAAGAUGGCUAAGGUCUGGUUUGAGGCUAUCAAGGAUGCGUAUCGUGAUGGUAUUAUUAAAGCGACUGGAACAGUGACAUCUCCUAAUACCGUGACAGAGGUUAUUAGCGUGGAGUCGGCUGUUGGGGUUGGGCCUGGUGUUGAGGUUGAGAUGGAGGUAGUGACGGAGACUAUUACUGUUUCCUAG